AUGUUUGCUCAUGUUGCCCACAUGACUAUAGUUCGUACCUUGAUUUUUGUAGCUGUUAUAUGCCAAGGGCCUCUAUAUCAAUUUGCUAUAAAAAAUACAUUUCUUAAUGGUGAUCUUGCAGAAGAAGCAUAUAUGAAGUUACCUCUUGGGGUUUCUGAUCCUACCAGUAGAAGCCAUCAUGUCUCAGCCAUGUUUGUCUUGGUCACUCCCAUAGGUUGUGUAAUUCUCUUACUCUAUGUUGAUGAUAUGAUAAUUUCUGGGGAUGAUGAGACAACUAUACAUCUAAUCAAGCAAAAACUUAAUCAGCUUUUCGAGAUGAAAUAUUUGGGAUUCUUAAAAUAUUUUUGGGGCCUUGAAGUUGUGUAUUCUCCUCAUGGGCAUUUGCUCUCACAACUCAAGUAUGCCACAUAUAUUAUUUAUCGAGCUCGUCUAGCGAAUGAUACAAACCACACUGUCAUACCUACUAAGCUUAAUGUCAAACUUUACUCUAUAUAUGAUGAACCUCUUUCAGAUCGUACAUUUUAUUGGAAGCUUAUUGGAAGUUUGAUUUAUGUAAUUCUCUCUUGGCCCAACAUUGCUUACGUUAUUCAUAUUGCCAGUAAAUUCGUGAGUGUCCCUCGUUCUGUUCAGUUGGUAGUUGUUUUAUGUAUCACUCCUUAUAUUCAAGAUACUCUUGAUCGUGCUCUGUUGUUUUCUUCGUCUUCUACUCUUGGACUUCAUUCUUAUAGUGACUCUGAUUUUUCAGGGGAUACUAUUGAUCAGUAG